GUGGCGGGCCGGGCCGGACCGGAGCGGUGAGAUCCGCUCGCGUCUCGCGUCCUGCCGAGCAGUCCUUAUCCAUGGAUCUGAUCCGAAGCUUCCACGCGAAGCUACGGUCUCUGGCCAUCACCCUCGACAGCGAGACGGCCCGGCUGCAGCGAGCGCUGGACGGAGAGGACAGCGACAUUGAAGAUUAUCCAGUGAGAAUUUUAUAUGACCUUCUUUCUGAAGUCCAGACUCUAAAGGAUGAUGUCAUUCUUCUUCUUGAUAAAGCAAGUUUGGAAAGUCAAGAAAGCAUUGGUUUCAUAAAGGCAACAAAAGUACUAAUGAAAAAAAAUUCAAUGGAUAUCAUGAAAAUAACGGAGUUUUUCCAGAAGUAUGGAUAUAAUCCACGUGCCAAGAAAAGCUCAGUGGAUGGACAAGAAAUCACUGACUCUGACUCAGAGUCCACUAAGCAUGAAAAUGUCCACAUGCCUGAUGUGAAGGACAGUCUGUCCAAUCCUGCUAUUCCAAGCACUGCUAGUUCUGAGAAGUCUCCACGGAGUCCCCAACUUUCAGAUUUUGGACUUGAGCGGUACAUGAUAUCCCAAGUUCCACCAAACCCUCCACAGGCAGAAAACGACCAUGAAGAAGAGCCCAGAAUUUUAACUCCAUCUUCCAAGCAGUCCGUAGUUAAAGUACUAAAAACUCCAAAAUGUGCCCUAAAGAUGGAUGAUUUUGAGUGCGUAACUCCUAAAUUAGAACACUUCGGUAUCUCUGACUGUACUGCGUGUUUGAAUGAAGAUUACACGAUGGGACUUAAAAAUAUGAAGGAGAAUAAAAGUGAGGAGGCCAUAGAAUCAGAACCGGUGACCAGUAAUCAUUUCUUUGCUACUCCUGGCCUCAUAAUCCAGCAGUUGAAAAAAAAUGAUGGCGACUAUACAGAUUCCCCCUUGGUACCCACGUUCUGCACUCCUGGUUUGAAAAUUCCUUCUACAAAGAACAGUAUAGCUUUGGGAUCCACAAAUUAUCCGUUAUCGGAAACAAAUAGUUCAUCAAACGAUUUGGAAAUGAAAGACUGUACAUCGUUAGUUUUAAAUUCGGAGAAGUGUUUUGAGAGUUUUGCGGAUCCCUCUUCUCCCGUAAUUUCUUCUUACGAGAAUCUGCUGAGAACACCUACACCUCCAGAAGUCACUACCAUUCCGGAAGAUAUUCUUCAGAUUUUAUCAAAAUACAAUUCGAACCUAGCUACUCCAGUGGCAGUGAGAGCCGUGCCACCCGGCAAAGCAUUCCUCGCCAAAUACGGAGCACCGAGCGCCCGAGGUGCUGGCAACAAAGAAAACUGGUGAAGAAAACUUUGCAAGUUUUGUAGACACAGAACAGAAGGCGGUGGAAGCGGAGCGGGAUGGACUCGUCGUGUAGCCCCACAUCUUCCCCCUUUUUCCAAGCCAGCCCAGAGUAAAGAUGAACACGGACACAGAUGUGCUUUUUGUUAAGAUUUGACUCCAUUUAACCUCGAUCUUACUCAGCUAUUCCAUUGUUAAAGUUGUCGUUACGACUGCACUGACUUCACAUUCACCUGCCUGAUCUAACAAAAUGGUUGAGAGAUACUAGGACGCAGGGUAAAAAGCUUAAAGUUCUUAAAUGUUUGUGACUUCCAACAAGGCCAUCCUGAUCUUCUCGUGGCGGGGUGGUGGUGCCGUCAGCCAGAGCUGGGCUCCUCCCUUGAUUCUGGCUCUGUCCUUGUCCUGUCUCCUCUCACGACUGUCCCCGAGCCUUUCACACCUUUUAGCUCAGCAGCGCUCUCUUAAGACUGUUGUCUACAGAUGACAGCUUAAGUUAAUUUAGGAAGAGGGAGGAGGCCGCAGGCCUGGGUGACUAUACCGCGGACGGCCUCGGGCGGACCACCAGAGCCAGGGGCUCACCCAGCAGGACGCGUGCCUUUUGUUUUUACUCACAGCUUCUUCGUACGCGUCAGUUCUGUCCUCUCCAGUCCACUCCAUCCACCACGUGGCUGCUGACCCUCUCAGCGUUCCCUCUCUCCAGCUUGGCCACCCAGCACACCCCGAGCCUCUAUGUGGAAGGUUUUGAGGACUCUUCCUGGGCCAGGUGCCCUUCUGUGGACUGUCACCUGGGACCCCAGGAGGCAGGGGCCCUUGUCUCUUGAGCCCUCUGAUAGCUUCAGGCCUCCCUGUCCAAGCCCAGGAAGUAGUUCUAAGUUCAUGCAAGUAAUGCUGGCGAACUCCAGAUUACAGCCAGAGGGAGAAGAAGGGCCUGUCCUCUGUGGACACCAGUUAAAAUUGAGAAGCAGCAGUUUGCAAGUAUCUUGACAAGGUGCUUCAGUGUCCCCAGCCUACUAACCUUCAAAGGCUUAGGCUUGGGAAAUUGGACGCAGGAAAGAUGACCCGACCCUCUUUUAUGCCUGUGCCUCGGAAGUCCAAUGUGAAGACCUGUCCCACCGUGCUCUUCUCAUCCUGUUAGAAGAUCAUCCCUAAAACAACACUUGAUGAUUCUUUGUUCUAGGAAUUACUAUGUGGUUAUAACUUAAUUUUUGUUAACUGUAGUGUAACAUAAUUAUCUGCAAGUUUUUCAGUUUUAUUUUUCAAGGGAAAGCUCUGGUCAAUUUUAUAUAUGACUCCCGAAUUGCUGUCAAGCUCUUGUUGGCGGUUUUCUGGAGCUACACGCACAUAGAUCCAAGAGCAGAUGAGACGGCCGAAGGAGGGAGGGGUGGACGCGAAGCAUAUUCGGGACUCAAGCCUGGGGUUCCCCUGACUUUGGAAGAAAGAGGCGGAGCACUCUAGCAAAGGAGGUCGAGAAGAGGCCGGUGAAGGCAGAAAAUAUUUCACAGAGAGUGAUCAACUCUAUCAAUAUUGCUGAGGAUCCGAGUGAAAAGACAGAAGCGACCACUGGGCUUGGCGAAACAGGUCGUUGACGGCACUAGUUUUUUGUUUUUUACGUUUGUUUUUGAGAGAGCGUGAGCGGGGCAGAGAGGGAGGCACAGCGUCCGAGGCAGGCUCCAGGCCCCCAGCUGUCAGCACCGAGCGGGACACACAGUUCAAACCCGCGAACCGUGAGAUCAUGACCUGAGCCAAAGUUGGAUGCUCAACCCACCGAGCCACCCGGGAGCCCCCGACAGCACUAACCUCGACGGGGACCCAGGGAAGGAAGUUCGCAGUGGGCUGGAAAGAGGGUGGGGGUGAGAAGCCUCAGGUGUCUUCAGACGCGAAAUAAAGACCGAAGUAAGCGUU